AUGCAAAACUUUCCUACUCUCACCUUCACCAACAACAUGAAGACAUUGUGUCUCAUUUUGCUUUUCCAUGCAAGCCUUCAGCUGCAGUGUGAUAAAAAAGAAAUCACCGCACAUAUUGGAGGCGAAUUCCUUCUUUUCUGCAAGUACGACACAAACUCAUUCCUGCACAAUAAGAAGUACUGGUGUCGAGGGGCCUCCAGUAAAACGUGCACGAUUUUAGCGCAUUCAGAAAAGGUCGUUCAAACCAGAAGCAGAUCCCACAUCAUAGAUGGAGGAAGAAGAGGGUUGAUUGUGAAGGUCACAGGUCUGCAGUUUGAUGACGCUGGAGCGUACUGGGUUGGGAUUGAUAAAAUAUACGCCGACAUCAUGACUUCAGUUAAAUUGGUCGUCACUGAAGUUCCGGUGUCCAAACCCAGACUCUGGCCCUUGACAUCUCUGGUGGACGGGCCCACGUGUUGGGGGGAGCCGGUGACUGUGCACUGUGAAUGUGCACAGGGCUCUGGUGUUCGUUACACCUGGCAUCGACGCACUCGCCUCGAGGACUCACUCCCUCACCCGUCAUCAGAACUGUAUCUUAACUGCGGCUCCGUGGGACAGGGCAGCGAUUAUUACUGCGUGGCCGCCAAUGACGUGAGCAGUCAGGAGAGUGAGCUCCUCUCUGUGCAGGUCCUGAGGCCUGCAAACAGAAGCUGUAUCUAUGUUGUCACUAUGCCAGGGUACAGAUAUGUGCAGCACUCUGGAUGA